AUGGAGGUUCCCGCACUGGAAGAUUCGAUGGAGAUGGCCUCUCCCUACCAGGGACAGGCCGAUGAUUUUGAUAUCGACAUCGACCUGAUGGAAGACAAUGUCUCGAACAUGGAUAGCGAUAUGAUGGGAGCAGAUGACUAUCCCAACACGUCCCAAGUCUCGCUUUUUGCCACCGAGGUGAACGAUGAUGCCGACAUGGCUGAUGAGCCUUCCGAAGGAUCCAUGGUCGACACCGAUCUUGUUGACGAAGACCCUGACAUCGACGUUCAGUAUGAAGAAACUACCUAUGAAGCAGAAAUGCUGGAAGGCGACCAAGAUGACGGAAUCGUGCCUGUUCCCAGCAUUCAUAUUGAAGUACAACCCGAGACUGUUGCGCAUGAAGACAAGCCAAGCGAGAUUCCUACGGAAACCCAGGAGCUGGGAUCCCAGUCCACCCAUGAUGGUCUAGAAACCGCUCUCCCGGAGCCUGAUUCCGUGUCGAACGAACCCCAAGACCCCCAAGCUCAAGAAGAAGAGCUCCAUCCCGUCUCUAGCGAAAAUCAGAUUGGUCAACCCGGACACACCGAAGGCGACCAGACCACGGAGGCCGACGCCAACCGUCCCGAUAUUGAGCAUCACGAAACUAAUGAAACCACCGAAAACGACUUACCUUCUGUUGAAGAAAAUCAUGAGCACACUGAUGCCUCUGCUGAGAAGGUCGAAAACCCUGAGCCCGAACAGGAGGUCAAUUCAAAUGCGCACGAAGGUGAAGACGGAAAUGCCGAGCAUCUCGAGACCAAUGACUCGCACGAGACGGAGGCUCAGCACACUCAUGAGGAAGAUGAGUCUCUCCAUCCAGUAAAGGUUCUUUACCAGGAAGCCGAGAUUUCUUUGUUCCCACCUAUGGAAGGUGACUCGGCGGAGACAUUCUUCCUGCAUGACGAAGAUGUCGCCUAUGACAACGUUGGUAAAUUGUUCAGCUCUCUCCGUGAGGUGCUUUUGGAUAAUGUUGCCGAGAAUGACGUCCUGGUUAUUGAUAUCGACUCCCUCGGUAUUCAAAUAACAGAGGACUGCUCGCAAACGUCCAACAUGACCUUACAUCGAAUUUUGAACGUUUAUCUACGUCUUUGUCAUAAUGACAACAAUAAUGAGCCAGAAGCCUUGUAUCUGACUUUGAGCAGCAGACCGGCUGUUCAUUCAGAACUAGCUGAUCUUGAAGCCGCCGCCAAUGAGGGCAAAGGAUUGUCUCAGGUUCAUCCUUGGAGCGAGUUCGAGGAUGGAGAAGAGAAUGAGGAUCAUCAAGCAGACAGACACCAUGUUGAGGGAUCACCUAGCAAUCAGGAUGAUCAGGCUCUGUCUUUCCAUGAAGCUGAAGAGCAGGCUGUCCCCAGUGGUGCUGCCGAGUCCGAAGUGCACGGUGCUACAAACAAGGAAGCUCAAGAUGCUCCCAUCGAGGUGACUCGCGAGUCUGAGCACGAUGCUCAGGCCGAGCUAGAAGCUGUCGCUGCUGAAACACAGCAAGCAGACGAGACGGGUCGGGCCGAUGCGCCACCAUAUGCCGAUGAGAAUGUGCACGAUUAUGGCGAGGCGCAGUAUGACGAGCAGUAUGAUUCUGAACCUCCCAAGACAGAAUCCACAUCCACCGCUGUGCCUACCUCUGAUCAGGUUGAGACAUUGGAGCCCACUGAAGACGUCUCGGCUGAUGCCACUGAAGUUGUGUUCGAUGAAAACGAUACGAACUAUCACGAUGGCACCGAUCCUGCGGGUGACGGCGAAGACUUGGAUAACCAGGAGUCAUCCGAACGCCCUGACGAAUACGAAGAUGAACUUGUUGGAGAGGAGACCUAUGCCUCUGGUGUCAAUGAUGAUGUUCAAACGGUCGAUUUUGCUUCGGUCCAUAACGAAGGCGCUCUCAACGAAGUUGACGCCGCACCUGCCGCUGAGGAUGCUUUUGGCGAUGUCUUGCAUGAGGACGUUGAUGAUCAGUCGGAGUCUACCGUGGAAAAUGCUCCCACUGAGGAAUCUGCCACCCAAGAGAAAACACUGGCGCCCGAGGAUGACUUGCUGGGAAUUGCUGAGGACAUUUUGGAUGGUCCUGCCGACGACCCUGAGGACCAUCUCGACCACCUCGAGAGCCCAGAUCCAGAGCAAGACCUUGAGGAUGGUGAUCCGGACGAUUUGGUCGAUGACGAUAGCGGCGACUACGAUGAGGACUCAUACAACAUUCUUGAAAUUUCGGAACACGUCGAGCUGGAUGAAGCGGAUCAGGUGCAUACUGACUCCCAAACUCAUGAGAAUCCCUCUAAGCGGGCCCGUGAGGAGGAGGAUGAAUGGGACUUUGAGGAGACCUCGACCCCCGAGAUCAAACGUCGCCGCCCUUCGUAA